GAUGUACCUGGGAAGCCGCUACAAAAGUUUCCCCACUUUGCCUUUCUGGUGAAUUUAACAGUUUGUUUCAUUCCUGUUAUUGUAUUGACUGGCAUCUUUUAUACGAGUAGUAUCUUUAAUACGAAUUUCAGUAGGUGCUGGAAGCAAUAUUCUCACGUUGCUGCUAAACACGUUGCUGUUCUCAAGUCUCGCGAGAACACAGCGCCGACGAGACUUUGAGUAACGAGGAGAAGUUUUGGUGCACAGAAGAGCGAAGUGUCUGGCGAGUGUCCGUGUUUGUCACCGUCACUCGGAGUUUUCUCUUAUAUUCACCCAUUUACCAUUGUCUCAGCGCUUAUAAUAGGGAUUUAAUAACUGGAUAACCUCGGUGAUAGAUAUGAGCUUUCUAUUUAGUCGUUCAUCGAAGACUUUCAAGCCGAAGAAGAACAUUCCAGAGGGCUCGCACCAGUAUGAGUUGCUGAAGCAUGCCGAGGCGACGCUGGGCAGCGGCAACCUGCGCAUGGCUGUCAUGCUCCCAGAUGGAGAAGACCUCAAUGAAUGGGUGGCAGUAAACACUGUGGACUUCUUUAAUCAGAUCAACAUGCUGUAUGGGACCAUCACUGAUUUCUGCACCGAAGAAAGCUGCCCUCUAAUGUCUGCUGGGCCGAAGUAUGAAUACCAUUGGGCUGAUGGGACCAACAUUAAAAAGCCAAUCAAAUGCUCUGCUCCAAAGUACAUUGAUUACCUGAUGACCUGGGUUCAGGAUCAGCUUGAUGAUGAAACACUUUUCCCUUCAAAAAUAGGCGUCCCUUUCCCAAAGAACUUCAUGUCGGUGGCGAAGACGAUCCUGAAGCGGCUGUUCCGCGUCUACGCCCACAUUUACCACCAGCAUUUUGACUCAGUCAUCCAACUGCAGGAGGAGGCCCAUCUCAACACCUCCUUCAAACACUUCAUCUUCUUCGUUCAGGAGUUCAACUUGAUUGACAGGAAAGAGCUGGCACCUCUUCAGGAGCUGAUUGAGAAGCUGACCUCUAAAGACAGAUAGACUAAGUGAAUUGUUAUUUUACCCCCUCCCCUAAUUACUGUGCACAGCAGCCUGGUUUUGUUUUCUCUGUCGUUUUACAGGUUUGUGGGACUGGCUCCUGGAAUAGUCUUUUAUUCUCCACAGUUUUAACUUAGGCAGUGAAUACUCCUUGUGUUUCUAAUGUCUGUGUGACCUUUAUUCUAAAAAGUUGAUCGCAUCUACGUAAGUGCCUGGCGUAUGUCCACCUGCAAAUGGUAACUGUUCUGUGAAAAAGCACCACUUGUCUCCAUAGUGCUAAGUUUCCCCAAAAUCAGGUUUUGGGGUUUUCUUUGUAACUUACUGAAUGAAGCAUGUAGACACUUUGCUAAGAGAUAAAGCCAGUAAAUACACCUCAUUUCUGUUAAUAUUAUCACAGCUGGAGAGUUGUCUUUUUUUUUUAAAAAUAUAUAUAUUUCUCUUUUUUUUCUUGAGUAACAUACAUUAUUUCUCCUGGUCAAAACUAGCUCUCAAUCUUUUGCACUGAGUCCGCAGUCACCUGACAUGACUUUUGUACCAAUAGAGUAAUUCAAUAGGUAAAUGAAUAGUAACAUAGAUAGCUUUAAUUUGAUUUUAUCUAUAGGCUCUUAUAAAGGUGGGUUUUUCAGUUCAUGGUGGGAAGGGAAUAGGGUAAUGAUUACUAUGCAAUGUCCAUGUUUCUUUCUUUCUUUCAAGUUUUGUUGCGCUUCUUUCCAUAGGCAAGGCUUGUAAACCCCAGAGCUAGUGCCAAUAUCUAACCCACCAUAGUCUCCUUGUGUAAGUAAAACUGAAGCAGCAGAAAACCAGAGAAAAAUGUCAAAUCUUUUUAUUCGUGUGUUCAUUUUCCCCUGUGUUUUUCCCUCAUUUUAUUCCUGCAAGUUUGUCCGGUUCUUUGUCUGUGUAUCUACAUAAAUAUAAAACGGAGAAAAACAUGGAUAAAGCUUCUAAAUGAAGUCUAAAAAAGUAUAAUAAUUUUACACAUAAAUGACAGAGUUGUGGUAUCUAAUGUGUAAUCAUAGAGAUACAUUUGAUCUAAUAUUGGUUGCUGUUUUGUUGUUUGCACUUUGGGUUAUCAGCAUACUGAGAGGUUUUAUUCCACUACAGGUUCCUCUUCUGAAAUUGGUGAUUAUUGAGACAUGCUGCAGACAUGUUGUAAAAUUAUUGAAUAUCAUUUCCCUACUGCUAGAUAAUAAAACAUUGUUUGGUUUUAAGUCGGAUUCACCUCAUGAAUGUUAACAGGAUGUUGUAACAGAUAUAAUUGCUUGGCCUUUUCUCAAGACCUUAUUUCCAAAUAACAUUAGCAUUUCCCUUCAGCCAUGAUCGAAUACACUGUAUCGUUUUUGCUGAGAUACUUGUAAAUAAUGUACACACACAAGGUAUGCAGUAGAGAAAUGAGAUGUUUAACUCGCAAGACUUUUGUGGUACAAUAUUGAAUGCUGUUUAUAGUGUAAUAAAAAUGUUUGUCCAAGA